AACCAUAGACGUUGAUAAAACGUUUCAGGGGGGCAGAUUUGUUUGCAACCCUCCACCGACGGGCUCUCGCAUCUCGCAUGAAUGGAAAGAUAUUUGAUGUAAAAGCCUAAAGCUGGGAAUGGAAACCGGAUAAAGGGAUUCAUUUUAGUCGUGUGUGUCGAUUGAACGUUGUGUCAGUUUUCCCUCCGUUGAGGUGUAAAGUGUUAGUGGAUAAAGCGGAAGCUAAGUGAGUGUUAGCCCGAGCAGAAACGGGUCGAGACGAUGCUGGAGCUGCCGGUGGAAAAACAGAUCUUUUACGCCGUCUUGGGCUUCUCCUGGACGGUGUAUCUGUGGGAGGCGUACCUGUCCUACAGACAGAGGAGGAUAUACAGGUCAACAACACAUGUGCCACAGGAACUGGGAAAGAUCAUGGAUGCUGAAACUUUUGAGAAGUCCCGCCUUUAUCAGCUGGAUAAAAGCAACUUUGGCUUUUGGUCGGGGCUUUAUUCUGAAACUGAAGGCACGCUGAUCCUGCUUCUGGGCGGAAUCCCCUUUCUAUGGGAUGUCGCUGGUUCUGUGAUGGUUCGCGCCGGAUUCAGUCCAGAGUACGAGAUCACCCAGUCCCUGGUGUUUUUGACCCUUGCCACCCUCUUCAGUGCCAUAACGGGACUUCCUUGGAAUUUGUACAACACAUUUGUCAUUGAGGAGAAGCACGGCUUUAAUCAGCAGACGUUGGGGUUCUACCUAAAGGAUGCUGUAAAGAAGUUUGUUGUGACCCAGUGUAUCCUGCUGCCUGUGACUUCACUGCUCCUGUACAUUAUUAAGAUCGGUGGAGACUAUUUCUUCAUCUAUGCUUGGCUGUUCACCCUGGCUGUGUCUCUGGUACUUGUAACCAUCUAUGCUGAUUACAUUGCUCCUUUAUUUGACAAGUUCACCCCAUUGCCUGACGGAGAGUUAAAGACAGCUAUUGAGGCUAUGUCCAAAAGUAUAAGCUUCCCUCUCACUAAAAUUUAUGUAGUUGAAGGUUCCAAGCGCUCGUCUCACAGCAACGCUUACUUUUAUGGGUUUUUCAAGAACAAACGUAUUGUGCUGUUUGAUACACUCUUAGAAGACUACUCACCCCUCAACAAGGCUGGAGAGCCGCAGCCCGAGCAACCAGAGAAUGAUGAGGCAUCGAUCGAGUCAAAAGCCAAGCCAAAGAACAAGAAACAAGGAUGCAACAACCCAGAGAUCCUUGCUGUUUUGGGUCAUGAGCUUGGCCACUGGAAGCUUGGACACACUGUCAAGAACAUUGUCAUUAGUCAGAUGAAUUCGUUCCUGUGUUUCUCCCUCUUUGCUGUUCUGAUUGGUCGCAAGGAGCUGUUUGUAGCUUUUGGAUUCAAUGAGAGCCAACCGACAUUAAUAGGCCUGAUGAUUAUCUUCCAGUUCAUCUUUUCUCCUUACAAUGAGCUCCUCUCCUUCUGUCUGACAGUCCUGAGUCGCAGAUUUGAGUUCCAGGCAGAUGCUUUCGCUCGCGCAAUGGGCAAAGCCUCAGAGCUCUACUCUGCUCUCAUCAAGCUCAACAAGGACAACCUGGGCUUUCCAGUUGCAGACUGGUUGUUCUCCAUGUGGCACUACUCCCACCCUCCUCUCCUCGAGCGCCUCAGAGCGCUGGGUAAUGUCAAGCAAGACUGACGGGGCUGGCAGGAGGAGCGGCGACCGCUGCCUCCUCCGAAGGGCUUCCGCAGACCUCUUCUGGUCCUGUGAAGCACCCCCAUGUUUUUUUUUUUCUACCCAUCAGUCCCCCACCAUCUAGUUUUAUCUUCUUUUAGCAUUUUCUUCACAUGAAAUUCUUUAAAUUUUGUUCUCUUUGGACCUUUUUGUUUUGAACAAAACCAAAACAUCAGUACAAGGCAAACUAAAAAGCAUUAGCUUUUACUCUUCUUUUUUUAAACCACCUGUUAUGCACUUGCUGUGAAGGUACACCUGGACUUUUUUUUAAGAAAAACUGUUGUCAUUGCACAGAUGGGGUUUUGCAGAUUGACCUGAUAGUUCUGUUUUGAAAAUCAGUUAAUUUUACAUGAUUUGAAUCUUUUUUUUUUUUUUUUUUUUGUCUGAGUUAAAAAAAAAAAAAAAGAAUCAAAGACCAUGAUCAUUUUAAGACAUCUUUCUGGAUAAAAGACCUUACUAUUAUGUCAACAUGACAUCCAACUGUUGAUAAAAUAGGAGAUUUUUAUUUUAGAAAUACUACGCCUUGAGUUUUAUUGAUUUAGCAUAUAAAACAACUUCUUAUUCUUACAGAAGACAAUGCUUUUUACAGAUACACAGGCCAGAUUUUGAUAAGUCCUUCAAGUACAACUGUUGUGUCUUGAGCAGUUUUACGAGUGCCUCUUAUUAUCUUUUUGUUCUGAUAUUGAAAAGAACAGUGCUGAUAAUUUCAUUUGAAAUUAAAUUUGACUUGUGAUAUUUUUUUUCCCCCACUUUUUUUUUUCCAUGAUAAGUGGGGAUUUUUUUUUCUUUCUAAAGCGCUCGCUUGACACCCAGGGUCCAACCAUAUUUGUGUAUAUAUGUAUCUUUAUUGAUUUGAGUUGGGAUGUAUAAAUUGAACUUGAAGAAAAAGAAUUGUUGAAUGGGGUUUAAAAUUUUAAGUUGGGGCAGUAUUUUGUUUGUUCUCUUGGUUUAGGCCCAGAGUUUCCUGGUGAGCAAAAUAUUUAUAGGGGACUUUGGGGAGGGGAGUCAACACAGUUCCUAUCACCACAUGAGCUGGGGUUUGUUUUGUUCAGAAGGAAUCGUUUGCUUUCGCUGCAGAGAUGAAUAAAAUUCCACAAAGCAUUCACCUCAUUCUAGUUCUCGUUUUGAUUGGGAUGUGCAAUUUAAGACUAAAUGAGGCUGUAUUUUGUGAUGCAAUCAUGACAGGAAGGCUCCUGCUUUGUACAGAUAACGAUGUAAUUCAUCAAUGCAGCAUGAUGUGCAUUAGAUUAAAACCAGCAAUGAAUUAAAAAAACUGCGGGCACAUUUUCAUUGAUUUACUCAUCUCUUUGAAUGCAUCUGAAUGUACACAUUUUUCAACAACUACUAGCUAAGAACUGAAAUAAUCUUUCAUGAAACCAUUUUAUUUUUUAACUCUUAAAUAUACAGUUAGUCAUU